UAUACACCUUUAUGUGUGGUGUAUUUAACUGACAAAUUAAUGGAAAAAUAACUUUAUAUUCAGACAUAUUUAUAACUUUUCAUGUACAAAUUUAUGUCAAAAUUUAAUUUCAUAAAAUGUAGCAGUAUAUAUAGGAGAUUCCAUACACAUACUGAUACUUCCACUUUUCUAUCAAAUGCAGUUGGAGAAUUAACUAAUAGCCAGAUAAUAUACUCUUUUGACACUCUUAGUAGAAGUAAAGUUAGGGACUCAAACUUAUGGGACCACCUGUGCGACAAGAUUAGGUUUAAUUUGGAUACUCUAGACCCAUCAGACCUGUUAAAAAUAAUACAUUCACUUGCUAAAGUAUCAUACAAAAAGCCAUCAUUAUUGUCUGUAAUUAAUCGCAUAAUACUUCGAAAACAUAAACUUAUUGAUCCGAGAAAUUUGACCCAGUACCUAAUUGACCUUAAUAAGUUGGAGUUGUUGAAUAUAAAUACAUUUGUUCCUCUGGUUUCGACAAAAAUUCCAGGCGAUAUUUCACUUUUCUCUACUUUUGACCUUUGUUUUAUUCUACACCUAUGUUCAAAGCUGCAGUACAAAGACCAGUUAAUAUUAGACUCGAUUUGCUCUAAAUUUCUCGAAAAUGAGUGUAUUUAUCAGGAAUUGUGUUCAGAUAAGUGCCUUUUGGCCAUGGUAUUCAGGUCAUUGUCGUUUCUUCAGUACAAAAAUGAAUUGUAUAUGAAGUUGCUAUAUCAGGGAAUACCCUCUUCUUUGUAUCAUUUUGGCUCCCAGGAACUAUGUAACUGUCUGUUAUCAAUUGUUGUAUCUCAUUUGGACGGAAACUUUGACCAACAAGUCAAGGAAAUUAUAAACUCACUUCUCGAUAGAAUUAGUGAAAAACUUUCAUCACUAGUUGAGAUUGAAGUGAACCAGUUGGGGAUUUGUUUAUACUUUUUGAGGUAUAACAUGGACACUUUCUCUGAGAGGUAUGAAUCACUAUUUGAUUCAAUUGUCAAACUUAACAUUAAAUACACGCCAAACACAUCCAAAAUGCAGUUAAAACUCGGGCGAUUGCUGGAUGAACUUAAAUUAAAGCACAAAUCUGAACUAAAGAUAGGACCGUACACACUGGAUUACGCAAUCCCGAAACUAAACGUGGCCAUAGAGGUGAACGGUUAUACACAUUUUUUCCACAACUCGAAGGAACUUAAUGCUCUAACACAACUUAAGUAUAAGAUUCUUAAAGAUAUGGGCUGGAAUGUGGUUGGAGUUAAUUAUUAUAGUUGGAAGAAUAGAAACAAACAGUCGAGAUUAGACUACAUAGUCAAGAAGAUAACUCCCUUCUUGGAAAGUAAAAAUACUAGUAAAACCCAAAAUUUCAAGGUGGAAUCUUGAACCUGGAGAAGAUGAUUUACAAAGGUGAUAAAUGGUUGAAAACAAAUUAAUUGGACCAGAAAAUAGUAAAAAUUUAAUGUAAAAUAUAAGAAUUUUAAUUAUGAAAAUUUCGGUAUAAUGUGCUUAAAAUGAAGAGCCUCAGCAUUUCAAGGGGUGGGGAAAUGUGAUUAAAUUAUUUACCGAAAACAUUAAAUUUAAUUUUUUAAAAUAAACUAAA